CGGAUGGAAUAGACCGGUCAAGGUAUAGUGUUGACUAAAGGGGAUGUGCUUGUUUUCUUUUGCCAGGGAACUUAAAAAGAAGAGGCUGUCAAGAUGCCUGAGACUGGCGGCGCAUCAGUUGUUCCCAAGAAGGGCCUGACACUCGAUGACCUCAUUGCGGCCAUUGACCGACAUGAAAGGAACCCGAGCAACAUCCCAAAGGUCGAUACUUUCCAUUUCUGUGGGGAGAGAGUCUCAGAAUGGCUAGAGCGGGUGGAACAAGCUUUGGUCGGGCGGCCGAAUGUUGUAAAGUUUCAACGCAUCCUUCAGUAUGUCCUCCACAGCUACCAUCAGAAGGUGAAGAAAGUCAUAGAUGCGGCUCAAGGUAGCUGGGAGAGGUUCAAGGAGGGGAUGCAGAGGAAAUACCACCUGGGAGACGGGUUGUUGACUACCACGAACCUUGAAGCGAUGAACAAAGAGGAUUUUACGGCCAUAGGGGGCUUUGUUCAAGAAUUUAAGAAGAGGGCGCGGAAGGUCCAUGGGAUUUCGGAGGAAGCACAGUGCGCCAUCUUUCUGGGGCUACUCACAGCAUCGGAGGCUGUCGAAUUGACAAAACAUGGAGGAGGUAGCACCAAGCUCACCUGGGCCACCAUUGACAGAGGGAUGGAAGUUGGGUGCUUGGACCAGGUGGAACAACGUCAGGUAGGGGUGGAGGAAAGGGGCAAGGCAGGAAUGGUGGCGGAAGAGGAAGGCAACGGAAUGGCCAAGGCCAGGGGUACCAAGGCCAAGGGAGUCAAGGCCAGGGGUACCAAGGCCAAGGGAGUCAAGGCCAGGGGUACCAAGGCCAGGGCUAUCAAGGGAGGUCAGGGGUAUGGAAGACCCCGCUUUGACUGGAGGACGGCCAUCUGUCAACAUUGUGACCAGCAGGGCCACACUAUAAGGUUCUGUAAUAUAAGACGGGAAGACGAGAGAAGCGGACUGAUUUCCUCUACUAUGGAUGGGAAUAUCUACGAUCAGUUUGGGGAGGCCAUUGACAGAAGGCUUGGAAGAGUGAGGGUUGAAGCCCAACGAAGAGCGGCAGCUGGGUCACCACCCCCUGCCAUGUUCAGGCUAUGGCAGGAAAAGGAGAAACCACCGUUUGGGGUAGAAGAAGUGGGGAGCAAUAAGGAAGUGACUCAAGGGCUGCGAGGAGGAAGUGAGACGGAAGAGGCCAUAAUCAUCGAGUCAGAUGACGAGGAUGAGGAGGAAAGAACGGAGCCUCUGUCCGUCUUAUUUGAGAAGAUGGAGGACUUGCUGGAUAAGAUGUUGAGGGGACGGCUCAAGCAGGGUCCUCAAAGACGGUACAAGACGGUAGAUAAGAAGUGCCGCCCGGUACCCGUCCUCGUUACAGAGGACGAGGAAGCAUAUUACGAGAGGGAACGAGGGUUCAUUCGACAAAUGAGGGAAAGUGUUUUAGCAGGGUCAUAUCGUAUCAACGAAGGGAACGAGAAGAAGUUGAUCGUAGGGGAGUCUGAUUUCCUGCUGCCCCAGGAGCGAACGCUGAUGGUGGAAUUAAUAAAGAGGAAGCAUCGCGCCUAUGUGUUUAGUGACGAGGAGCGUGGCAGGCUGGAUGUAGAUAAGAUACCUAUGAUCCACAUCCACACCGUGCCACACGAGCCUUGGAACAUGAGAGGGGCGCGAUAUCCCAAUCCUGACGAAGAAAGGAAGGUGGUGGAUUAUCUCGACGGCAAGAUACGUACUCACGUCGCCGACUAUUUAAGUGGACCGUAUGCGUCCCCGUGGUUCUGUUUUAUUAAGCCUAACGGGACGCUGCGGUGGAUGCAGGAUUUGCAAAGAUUGAAUGCAGUGACCGUGCGAGAUGCGGGAGGACUGCCAAAUGCAGACGCGUUAUCGGAAUCCUGCGCCGGAAGGCCUAUAAUUUCGCUUAUAAACCUUUACUCAGGAUACGAUCAGUUCCCAGUCUACCCGCCGGAUAGGUCGGUGACAGCUAUGCACACGCCGCGAGGAUUAGUCCACAUGAACGUGGCCCCACAAGGGUGGACCAACGCAGUAGCAAUGGUCCAACGGGCCAUGAUUCGGGCCAUGCAGUUAGUAAGCCCCCAUAUCACACAGCCAUACAUUGACGAUUUGGCAGUGAAGGGGCCGGCGAUGAAAGAGAGCGACGAAGUCUCACCAGGGGUAAGGCGCUUUGUCUGGAAACACAUUCAGGACCUCGAAAAGGUCAUGAGCCUACUCGAAAAGCAUAACCUCACGGCAAGCGGGGCCAAAUCCAGACACUGCAUGAGGGAAGCGACUAUCUUGGGGAUAGUCUGCAAUAAGAAGGGCAGAAGGCCGGAUGUGAAGAAGACGGACAAGAUUACUAAGUGGCCAGUUCCGUUCCACUCAAUAACUGAUGUCAGGAGCUUCCUUGGUACGUGUGGAUUUUGGAGGGCCUUCGUCAAGAACUUUGCCGCUAAGACUGAACACAUGAGGAAGUUAGUCCGUGAGGAUCAGGAAUGGGUAUGGGGUGAGGAACAAGAAGAGGUGGUGGCAAAAAUGAAAGAGGAAUUCCGAGAAGGAGGGUUGGUGUUAGGAGCGCCAGAUUAUGACGCCACAGAGACUCGACCCUUCAUUGUCGAAACGGAUGCGGGACCGACCGCCUUAGGGAGAGUUCUAAUACAGGCAGACAUGGAAGAAAAGGAAAGGCCCUUGCGAUUUGAGAGCCGGACUCUCAGUACGACAGAGAGGAACUACUCUCAGUUCAACAGGGAGACCCUUGUUGUCCUCCACUGUCUGCGAAUCUUCCGGAACUAUGUUUUCGGCAGGAGAUUUAUUUUGAGAGUGGAUCCGACAGCCCUGGCCUACUCUCUAAGGAAUUACGUUCCAUCGGAUCUGACGAUUGCCAGAUGGCUGACGUACAUCUGGAUGUUCAAUUUCGAAUUAGAACGGAUUCCUGGUAGUAAGAACCGGGCAGACGGGCUGAGUCGGAUCAACUGGGAUAAGCAGGAAGGGGAGGCGGUGAAGAAUACGCCCCCAGUUGAUGGAUUUCUGGAUCAGGAAGAAGAUGUUCGUCUCCAUAUCAAUAAGUGGUCGCCGCGAGUGCCCAGCUGUGUAGGCUAUCCUAUUUGGCAAGCGCCGAGCGGAUAUGAAAGGAGGACCGAGCUGGAAAGCCUAGACCAGUCAGGCUCGUUGAACCCGGCAGGGAAUGUGGACGAAAUACCCGAGAGCCAGGACGACGAGUUCGAAGAAGGGAAAAUUAAGGAAGCUUUUCGUGCAGAGGAGUACGACGGGAUCUACCUAGAGCUGGGGCUUCUUCUGUCAUGUGAAAUGCGGCUAAGAGAUGUGAGCGAUAGGGAUCAAAGGAUGCUGCAGCGCUACUUAUUGCGAGACGGUCACCUUUUCGUGAGAAGGGAAGUGGGGAAUCCCAGGAGAGUCGUCUGCGGUAGGAAUCGUCAGAUCGACGUCGUAGCAGCGCUUCACGAUGGUAUUGCAGGAGGACAUCGAGGGGCACAAGCCACGUAUGCCAAGAUAAGUGAGAUGUACUACUGGGAUGGGAUGAUGGAUAUGGUCGAAAAGUUCUGUCGAUCUUGCGUACCUUGCCAGGAAAGAUCCCGUUUAAGGCAAGGAGAGCCGUUGCAUCCCAGGUCUGACUUUACGAAGACAGUCAUGCCAAGAGGAGGGAAGGGGACACGGCCGCCUCAGAGGCCAUUGGGCGUAUCAGGAGGAUAUGAGCGGCAUGGGUCUCGCCAUCGAGAGAGUACUCCAGUCUACAAUGAUGGGAACAUCGAGCUAUUCCUGGACAGUUUCUGGGAGCAUGCGAGGCGUAUGGGCUGGACCGUCGCUCAGACGAUUGAGAGAUUGAGGGGAGCAGGUAGGUUCGAAGAGCCCAUUGCCAGGAUUCAUAGGGAGGCGACGACGAGGCAGGAGGUGGAGAUGAGGAUGGAGGAGUUGCGACCCUCGCCUGUGGGACCUGAUGGCAGGCCGAUCCGCCUGGAGAUUGGAAAUGCGUCGGACUUCAUCCCCGCGUUUGAGUGGUUCAUGCAAGAGCAGGGCAUACAGAGAGAUGAUUGGAUGCAGACACUACCACUCUGGACCAGGAAGGCGGAAAGGCCACUGGUUAUGCAGAUCAGGGACAUGGUACGAGAUUGGGAGAGCUGCAGGGCACAUUUAAGAGAGGCCUUUCGACGGCCAGAGAUCCCUCAGCCCAGAGUCGAGAGGCGGCAGAGGAGUCAGAGGCCGAGGGACCCUAAGCCCAGGGAGGCGAGACCAUCUCGAGGAGGACGGAAGGCCAUAGCCAGGAGAGAGCAGGAGCCAGAGGAUGAGGAGCGGGGGGCAUACCCUGAGUGUGGGUUGAGGCCAGUGGAGUUCCAUCAUACUUCUCGGUGGAGGGCGUCGCUUCAGGGUGAGGGGCAUGGAGAGCAGGCAGAGGAGGUGUCACGAGAGGAGUUGCCACGAGAGGAGGUGCCACAGGGGGAGAUACCACAAGAGGAGAUGCCACGGGAGGAGGUACCACAGGAAGAGGUCCGGGGUACUCAGCGAGAGAGAGGGCUGGGCGAUGAGGGGAGACGUGCAGGGAAGGAAGUGAUAGAGGUUGGAGAGGACACGCCCCCACAGACGCCAGCAGUGGGUUUGAGACUCAUGGAUGCACAAGGGAGCACCCGGCAGGCAAAGGAGGGGUUGCAGAGAGAGGAGACCCCUUUACCUUCGUCAGAAAAGGCUCCUUCACCAGAAGGGAGGGCAGAAAGGAGGAGAGAGAGGGCAGUUGUAAGGAGAGAAGCUUUGAUCCUGAUUGAUAGGCACCUAGCAGCUCAUGCCCUGGAGCGCCCAGACCUGGAGGAGCCAUCACCUGCAGAGCCACGCCAGGAGUCAUGCCAUCCCGAGAAGGAGAUGGAAGCAGAGAUCCCAAAGAGGGUCGACCUCCGCACGAGGGAGAGGGUGCCAGCUAGAGAGACGGCUGAAGAAAAGAGGGCGAGACGAACCAGGCGGAUAGAUGAGAUAUGGCAGGAGAGGCAGAGGUUGGAGGCAGCGGGGGAGCUCCCGGAGCAGCAGCAGGAGAGGCAGAGAUCGGAGGCAGCAGGAGCACUYCCRGGUCAGCCACCCAGCGCRCCAGCYARGGCCCCRGAGAUYCCUGAGAURUGGAGRGACUUCUGRGAGCAGARAGGAGAGGAGCUUCCAUCGCCAGUCRGAGCCGGGUUUGGGGUGGCCAGGAAGGCGGAAGAAAGGUUAGAUCGUAAAAUCAAGUUCCUGGCCAAGACCACUUUUGACCGGCACUUGUUAUUGGAAGGCGAUCUAGCGGGGAAGAAAAUGAAGGAAGCCAGCCAUGGAGUACGCCUGGAGGCUAUGGAGAUGGAAAUUCAGGAACUUAGGGCUUUGGUGGCCAGCCAGGCAGCUAUCAUUGAAAGCCUGAGGGAGCAAACCCAGGGAAAGGUGGACAGACCAGAGAGCAGCCGGUAGGGAGAGCAAAGGCAGCCAGGACAGGGACUGCCAGGACAGCCAUCUGCGACAGAGCCUCGCCAGGAGAGAGAGGCGAGAGCACAGAGACAGGUGGAGAGAGAGGCGUUCGAGUUCAGAGCCCCUACCGA